CUGGAGGAUACAGCAGCCAUAUCCACACAGACCAGGCAGAGCGAAGGAGACACAGAACUUAUGUCUGUAAAGAUGAAGAGCAGAUAAAAUGAAGAAAGACGACGAUGACAACACAGCAGCAGGAGGAGGAGACUCUGAAACUAAAUCUGUACCAUCUGCAGCCAGUGAGAAAGACGAGGAGAAGAGAGCAGCUAAAACAGAGUGUAAUCCAGUGAAUGAACCCAGUGAUGCUGAACACUCAAAGAAUGAUGACAGCACAACAAAAGGAGGAGAAUCUGAAAUCAAGCCUGUACGAUCGGCAGAUCCUGGGACAGGUACCUUAAAUAUGGAUAAGAGAGGAAACAAGGAUGAGCAGUCAGUGAAGACUUCUGAAGAGAUCAACAGGAAGGAACAAUAUCAAAGAGAAACCGAAACACUGCUUGGCAGACUUCACCUUCAAGACAAACAUCAACAGAAGUUGUCACCAGCAGAUUUUCUUAAAGUAGGUCCACCUGUGAAACAGGACCAUGAAACAUCUGAGAAGGAACUCGGUCAUACUUUUCUUCAGAGGUUGAUGAUGUUAGACUACAGAGCCAGAUAUAUUCCUGUAAGACAGGAUAGUGAUGAGGAGACCCAUUCAAAAUCUGUUGUAGCGUCUGACACUGUUGAUACAGGCGAUGACUUCAGUCAUUUUUAUAGCACCACUGCAGACUUUGAUCAAUCAAAACAGACUCACAUGCAUCCAAUGGAUGUUCAAAUGGCAGUAUUUCACUGCUCAGACAGCUUUUUGAAGCAGAACAUGAUUACAAAGCUAUCACAAUGUCAGUAUGCCUUACCUUUGCUUGUUCCUGACCCAGUCACAAUGGACAUUGAAUGUCCACUGUGGACUUUCAGACAAAUAAGAAAAACAUGGAAGGUAACUGAAAUCAAAGAUAAUUCAAACAUUGUCACCAUGAAGAGUAUGCCCAUCUGCAAAGCUGAGACACCCAUGGUGUCAUUUCUCCGCCUGGGUUCACUAUCUCUGUCUAAGUCACAGCUGAUUAACACUUUGAUCAAUGAACGUCACAGCACCUUCUUCCACAGAAACUGCCCAGGUAGCACCAAGUCUCGCCAUCUGAUGGAUGGUGUGGCAGAGAUUGCCUGGUACUGCCCUGCUGGAAAACCCAAUGAUGCCUUCACUGACUGCAUUGCCUUCUGUAAUCUUCAUGGUGAUGCCCAGUUAAUUGAAAAACAGCGUAACAUAUUGACUGAGAAAUCUUCAAUCAAUGUGGUUCUUGUACCAACUCUGGGAAAAGGUGACAAAGGUUCUGCAGUUAUGUCAGUCCUUCUCAAGUCUCCGACGCCCCUCAUAUGUCUCACUGCUGAUAGUGAAUGUGAUGCUGUUGAGAAAAUAAAGGGAAAAUACAUAAUGGGUCUCAGGGACAGAAGCCAGUCAGAUGUGUCUGAAGAACUGAAAAAAAUCAUUGGAAGAAUUUUGUCAGGACCACAUGCAUCCUUCUGGCUUGAAACCAUGGCUGAAGUCUCUGGAAUCAGAGUGGAUGAAGACGACAAAGUCUGCCAAAAAGGAAAAUCUGCUGCAAUGAAAAUUGUGAACUUGCUUCAGGGGAUGGAUGUGUCAAAGAUCAAAGAUACAUUUCUCCCUUGUCAAGGCCAACUAUGGCACAAGUGGUGCAGAAUAAACAAAGAGCUUUAUCACCUCAAAGGACACAUUGAGAAAGAGAAAUGUAAAAAGCAACAGGAACUGAUGCAGAUACGACAAAAACAACGCACCACUUCCUGUACUGAAGUAAUGAAGUUGUUCAUUAAAAGCCUCUCGUCGUUGCCAUCAAAGGAGAAAGAGUAUUUCCUGAAGUGGACUCAGAUCUUAGCAGAUGCCCUCUCCACAGAUGAUCUGUGUUUAAUUUUACAGAGCUAUGAUGAAAAGUGGUCUGAGGUCUUGGCUUUGAAAGAGAAGCAUGACAAAUCUGAUCUGUUAAAAAGCAAGCAAACUGAGCUUGAACGAAUAUCAACAAAACUACAGUCUGCCACUUUCGGUUUGGAGCACAUCUUUAGAGAAAUGGGACAGAUCUAUGAAGCCCAUGCAUCUCUGCAGAAACAAACAAAGAUGAGAAAAACUGACUGGUCUAAAUACCCUGAGCUGGCUGCAGAGCUGAUGAUAUCAGGACACCCAAUGGAGCUGAUGGAUGGUGAUGCAGGUCAUGUACCUUAAAAAUGGAUCUCUAGUCUUUUAGAUGAAGUCAUCAAGAAACUGGGCGACAAGAGAGUUUUUGUUUUGUCAGUGCUGGGUGUACAAAGCAGUGGAAAAUCAACAAUGCUGAAUGCCAUGUUUGGGUUACAGUUUGCAGUGAGUGCUGGCAGGUGCACCAAGGGUGCCUUCAUGCAGCUGGUCAAAGUUUCAGAUGAGAUCAAGAAAGACUUUGAGUUUGACUUCAUUCUAGUGGUGGACACUGAAGGACUGCGCGCUCUUGAGUUGGAGGGUAACAGCACUCUUCACCACGACAAUGAACUGGCAACGUUUGUUGUUGGUCUGGGAAACAUGACACUGAUCAACAUCUUUGGAGAGAAUCCAGCGGAGAUGCAAGAUGUUCUGCAGAUUGUUGUUCAGGCUUUCAUGAGGAUGAAAAACGUUAAACUUUCUCCAAGUUGUGUGUUUGUUCACCAGAAUGUUACAGAUAUUGCAGCUUCAGAGAAAAACUUGCAUGGAAAAAGACAGCUGCAAGAAAAACUGGACAAGAUGGCCCAACUAGCAGCCAAAGAGGAGGUUUGUAAUGCUGAGUGCUUCCGUGAUGUCAUUGCAUUCGAUGUGCAGAAAGACGUGAAAUACUUUGCCCAACUAUGGGAGGGAAGUCCACCUAUGGCUCCUCCAAAUCCAGGGUAUAGUGAGAGUGUCCAAGAGCUGAAGAAGUUCAUCCUCUCCAAAGCUUCACAGUCAACUGGAAUUACUCUCUCACAGUUCAAAAGCAAAAUUCAGGACCUGUGGAAUGCUCUGAUGAAUGAAAACUUUGUUUUCAGUUUCAAAAACACACUUGAAAUUGCAGUGUACAGAAAACUUGAGGUCCAGUAUGGGAACUGGACCUGGGCCCUGAGGAGCAACAUGUUGACUAUUGAGAACGGGCUUUACACCAGAAUUGAAAACGGAAAACAUGACAAGGUUGAGCUCAGAUAUCUACAUGAGGAAAUGAAGAUAACCUAUGAAAAAAUCAAAAAAGCAAUGACAACAUACUUUGAUGAUGACAGAGACAAAGAAAUACUGGUUCAGUGGCGAGGACGAUUUGAAAGUAAAAUCAAGGAGUUUCAUGAAGACCAAGUGAGAGGAGUCAAAAAAAAACUGGAUGAAGUCAUUGAGCAGAAAAAUGCUUGUAAAAAGCUUGAUGAUAAGAAGACAGAGUUUGAGAACAAACUGCUACAAAAGAGCAAAGAGCUCGCUCAUCAGUUAAAGGACAAGGCAAAAGAUGAAGAGGAACUUAAAAAACAGUUCAAAUCAGUUUGGAGUGGAUGGGUUAGUGAACUAAAUGCAGGAACAAAACCUAUUGAGGAAAUAAACUAUAAAAAAGAUCAGGCAACUAUCCUUCAGGAGCUUGGUUUUGAAUGGUCUCUUAUAACUGAAUCUGAAAGCAGUGGCAGAUACAAAAAAAUAUCAGAGGUGGGUGAUUACAUUCAUCAUGUGUGUCUCACCAAGGACAAAGGUCUCUGCAUCCCAGGCCAACAAUCCCAAGAUGAUAAGAAGGAAAAUACGAGCAACGAAGAUCAAGGACGAAUGUCAACAAUUUGGCAGUCUUUUAAAAAAAUGUUCCAAUUUAGGCCAACAGAACAAACCAAAGAACAUACAUCAAGAAGUUCUUUAGUAUCUGAAGAACAGGAACUCAUCAGAUCCCUCAUUUACAGUAUUGAAAAACAGUCCCUUGAUGCAAUCAAGGGCAAACCUGUUGCUACAAGAGGCUACAGUCCAAUUUACUUCCAAGAAGUGGCCAAAAAUGUCAAAGAGAAGGUGAAAGAGUUUGAAUCAAAAAGGAAAUAUGCUGUGAAGAAGGAGUUUACUGUUGAUCUUAUUCUGUUUGUGUUUGAAAAAGCAGGGAGAUGGCUUUCAGAGUCCCAUAAGAAAUUCAGAAUGAACAACGAUGCAGUCACUUACGUAGAAAGCAAGAAAAAGCAAUAUUACAACAUUUUCAGCAGCUUCUGCAGAGGAAGCUCAUCUGCUGUUGUGUUUGGAGAACUGAUCUGUGAGAAACUGAAGAGUUCCACUGUUGAAGCAGUCUGUAACAAGACUGCUAUUGAUCUUGCUGGAGAGAUGAAGUGCAGUUUCCCAGCAUUCAGUGGGAACAGGUUGAACUUGGAGAAACACUUGCUGAAGUCACUGGCUGAGAAAGAGGACUUUGAUGAUUUUAUCACCUACAUCCAACACCCAAGAAACCAAGCAGAGACUUUUAUAGAAGAGCAAGUACAAAAAUACAUCUUCACAGACAAUAAAAAUAAAGCUCGGACAAUAUUCAAGAAAAAUGUUGAAGACAUCAAUAAGCUUGUGAGUCAAGCUUUAUUCACUGCAACAGAUAAAGUCAAAACCCAGAGUGGAGACUCAGACAUGUGGGUGGAGGAAUUUUACAAUUUGCUAAAAGAUGAGCUGACAUUCAACACCUUUUGUUGUCAAAACUUCAGUGACAUCAAUGAUUUUGACUUUGUCAGAGAAGAGAUAGAGAAAGGCCUUGUAUCUGUCAUGAAGGAAGUGAGCAGUAUCUCACUGGAUAAGAUGGAGGAAUUCAGGAUGAAGCCUGAUCAAAUCCUAAUUGAUCAACUGUGUAACUGCUGCUGGGCAAGGUGUCCAUUCUGUGGAGCUGUUUGUACCAACACGCUAGAAAACCACAGUCCUGACAAACACAGUGUGCCUUUUCAUCGGCCCUCUGGGGUAAAAGGAUGGCACGAUAUAGACACAAUGGACCUGGACAUCAAUUUCUGCACAACAUCAGUUGCAAGUGAUGACUUUUUUUAUCCUUAUUGGCAUUCAUAUGAUUCCUUUCCUUACAAACACUAUCAAAGGGCUGGGAAGAAGUAUGCAACAUGGCAAAUUACUCCUGAUGAGUCAAAGCUGACAUACUGGAAAUGGUUUGUAUGUCGAUUUGAAAAGCAACUGGAAGACCGCUAUAAAUUAAAAUUCCAGGGCAGGGGAGAAAUUCCUCCUGAGUGGAGAGACCACAGUAAACAAGAAGCUAUUGAAAGUCUGGAUGAAAUGUACAAUCUGUGACUGAGCCAGAAACAACCAAACUCUACUCAGUAUAACAGAAACUGUCUUUAACUGUUGAAAAGAAAUAGGAGUUUUUGAUUUGAUUGAAGGAGCGCGACAGUAGCAAUAUUCAGGAUGAGGCCUUCCCCAAGAUGACUGAAAGAAACAGCACCUAUUUAUAAUGUGAUCAAUAUGUAUCUCAGUUUGUUUUGCAGGAUAACAUUAUUUAGUCAGGAUUCCUGAAAAUGCCAUGAAGCAAAGGCGAACACAACAAAUGUGUAAUUAUAAAUGGCAUGUUUGUUAGCCAUUAAAGGAUGAUUGUAAAAAAGUAUACGACAGAUCAGAAUCAGUCAUAGGUUUUUAUGCCUCCGUGUGGGCAAAAGCUGUAGCUGGAGGGAUUAUGUUUUCGGGUUGUCCGUCUGUCCAUCCCUUUGUCCCAUUAUUGUGAAUGAGAUAUCUCAAGAACACCUUGAGGGAAUUUCUUCAAAUUUGCUUCAAAUGUCCACUUGGACGUAACAAUGAACUGACUAGAUUUUGGUGAUCAAAGGUUCAGGUCAAAAUUACCUUGCGUCUGAAUCAUUCUCGUGUAUGCGGUAUCUUAAGAAGGCCUUAGGGGAAUUUCCUCAAAUCUGGCACAAACGUACACUUUGAUGGUAGGGAAUUUCUUUAAAUUUGGCACAAACAAACACCGUGCUGCCCGGUUAGUAUACCAGCAUAUAUCAAUUUCUCACUAGUACUAGUAUUAUUUCCAUGUAUUUAUUCCAGAUAUUUAACAUUGUAGUAUUUUCAAAACAUCUCAUAAAUGGUGAAAAAUCAUACUGAUACAAUUUCUAUACAGUCGAAUAACAUUAAAUAUAUGUUGUCUAAACAGUGAGAAUUUAUUUUAUUUUAUUUAUUUUUAUUAAAAAUUGUAAAUGUAUUAUCUUAGCAUCCCUACCAUGUCCAUGAAUGGACAAUUCAACUAUUUGGUUUAGCAUGGCUUUAGAAUGUUAAAAAAAAAAAAAAAAAAAAAUCAGACUUACAGUUAUUCUGCAUAAAUUGUUUAACAACAAUGAAGUACUUUUAUUUUGUAGUAAUUACUUAAUUUCAAUUACAUUAGCUUGGCAUCACUCCCUUUACUCUAAAAGGACAAAUGAACUGUUUGGUAGCGCAUAUUUAAAAAAAAAUAUUUGACCCUAUUAGACCUUUAUUUCUUGUAUAAAGUUACAUAAGUCUGUUCAGUCAGACCUCUGAAACUAGAACGUCAAAAAAACACAUGUCCACCUUUGACAAUCCUACCACACAGAGCCCCAAUGUCUGGAAUGAAUCUUUCCUGACUUCCUGUAGCAGGUGAACUAAAAAGGCAGAAUAUUUAAAGACACAGUGACAUCUAGUGGACUUGUUUUGCAUGACAUACUUUAACCAAAUGGUAAAGAUAGGUUAAUGAGGUUGGGUGAACAUUUUUUAUUCAGCUAUAGUGACUCAAAAUGUGCUCUACUUAACAGUUUAGGUGAAAGUUCAAGGGUAAAAAACAACAACAACAACUUCAAAUUUGGCACAAACAUCAACUUGGAUGCAAGGAAGAGCUGAUUAAAAUUUUGUGGUCAAAGUUCAAGAUCCAUGUGACCUCACUCACAAAACAAGUUUUUGACAGUCACUUAAGAAUUCAUAUAACUAUGACCAAAUCUACACAAAUCUCUAAUAGAACAAGAUGAUGAAGUGAUGAAAUUUUAUAUCAAAAAGGUCAAAGGUCAGCUUCACUGUGACAUCAUAACGUUCUACUGAAACAUUUUUCUGGCCAUUAUUCAACAUCAUAAGUCAGAAACAAAAAGUUUGAUCAGUAUUUGGUCAGAUACUGAACUGGUGAUACUAAUCUUGGGUGCCCAUCUUGAAACUGUGCUGAUUAUAUAGAUCUUCUGUGCUGCUGAGUUUAAGAUGUGUGUGAAGCAUCCAUGUUUCAGAAUAUGCACCUUCUUUGCAGCAACAUUAGAAGCACUGUCAACUGUCAUGACAUCAUAUGACUUUGGACAGACGUGGGUAUAAACUGUAACUGCAAACUGACAUGUUCAUAAAACUAAAAGAUGACAAACCAAGUUGUCUAAUUAAAAAUACGUUUUGUUUUUAUUCAAGUAAAGUCAUCUUUAUUUAUAUGGUGCAUUUUAUACACAAUAAAAUGCAACACAAUGUGCUACCACUUAGAAAUGACAUAUAAUAAUAAAACAAGUGCAAAUGACAAGUAGAGAAAGAAUCAGUGCCAAAAUUACAAAUACCCAAACAUACAAGACACACACACACACACACACACACACACAGAAGAAGUCAGCCAUAGACUGUUAUGAAGAGAAAUGUUUUUGACUUGAGUUUAAAAGUAUUCAGUGUGUGCCUCUCACAGGUCCACAGGCUGGGUGUUUCAUCUGCUGGGACAUAUAUGCAAAAGCCAGCCUCUCCUGCUUUAGAAUUAGUAUGAGCAAUGGUUGGAUGACCUCAUGUACUGAAGCGCAGGACCAUAUAGAGCUUUGUAUACAAGUAACAGGAUUUUAAAAUCAAGAUCAAAAUUAUUAUUAUUAUUUAAAUUAUUAUUAUUUUAGGAUGCUUUCUCAAAGUCUAACGGUUUUUUUUUUAAAUGGUGAAUGAUGAUUUGUCUUUCUAAAGUAUUUGGAGUAUUCAACAAUUUUACACUUUUGAAAAAGAGAUGUCAGUCUUGUGAAAAAAAUGAAUGUUUCAUUUUAGCGCAAUAAAUAAGCCCUUCAUACAGUCA